GUCAAUACAAUAUACAUUGGAUUCCAGUGCAGAUCACUCUACACCACCCUCUCAGCAAUCCCCUUUGAUCUUCCGAAACAAUGUUUUCCCGCGUCUCAAGACGGUCACCGCCACGCCUCAGCAGGCACCGCCUCGUCGCGGAGUCUACAGCCCUAACCUUCUACAUUCGCUCGCGAAACCUGCCGAUUCAAUCCCUCGGAGACGCGAAGCGGUCAUUCGGCUCGAGCUCUACUAGUAGGAGUUCUGGCGUUUCAUCUGCUGCCGCUGUUGCAGACGAAUAUGUGGAGUCUGGCGAGAUUAUCGACGGAAAGUCUCUUGCAAAAUCGAUCCGCGAAUCAAUUAAUGAAGAGAUCAGCUCGAUUCAGGCGACCAAUCCACAGUUCAAGCCCUCGCUUACUAUCAUUCAAGUGGGCGGGCGUCCGGAUUCUAGCACCUAUGUGCGCAUGAAACUGAAGGCUGCUGAAGAGGCUAAUAUUGUCUGCACCUUGAAAAAAUUCCCCGAGGAUAUCACUGAGGCUGAGCUGCUCUCUGAGAUCUCUGAUCUCAACAACGAUCCAUCCGUGCACGGUGUGCUCGUCCAACUUCCCGUUCCUCGGCAUAUCUCUGAGAUUGCGGUUACCAACGCCGUCGCUCCAGAGAAAGAUGUCGAUGGAUUUGGUCCUCUGAACGCAGGUGAACUGGCCAAACGAGGUGGCUCACCUCUCUUUGUCCCCUGCACUCCGAAGGGUGUCAUGGUUCUGCUGCAGAACGCUGGUGUCGAGCUUUCUGGUAAGCGAGUUGUUGUCCUGGGCCGUAGCGACAUUGUCGGAAGUCCGGUUGCCUCGCUUCUGCGCAACGCAGACGCGACGGUCACUGUCUGCCAUUCUCGUACCAAGAACAUCGAGAGCUACGUCAAGGAGGCAGACGUCAUUGUCUCUGCUAUUGGUCAAGCCCAGUUUGUUAAAGGAGAAUGGAUCAAGCCUGGUGCCGUAGUCAUCGACGUCGGGACAAAUUUUAUUCCUGAUUCAUCGCGAAAGUCGGGUCAGCGCCUCGUCGGAGACGUUGAUUAUGCUUCCGCCUCAAAAGUUGCGUCAAAGAUCACGCCGGUGCCUGGUGGUGUUGGGCCAAUGACUGUUGCUAUGCUUCUUCAGAACGUUGUUGACUCUGCAAAGCGCUUCUAUGAGCAACAGGCACAGCGACAUAUCACCCCACUACCACUGAAAGUUCUUGAAAAAGUCCCCAGUGACUUUGAGAUCUCUCGUAGCCAAAAGCCUAAGAACGUUCGUGAUCUUGCAAAGGAGAUUGGCAUCACCGACAACGAGCUCGAGAGCUACGGAUCGUACAAGGCUAAAGUUCAGCUCUCUGUUCUUGACCGCCUGAAGCACCGCAAGAACGGCAAGUACAUUCUCGUCACGGGUAUCACUCCUACUCCUCUUGGAGAAGGUAAGUCCACUACCACUGUAGGCUUGGUCCAGGCUCUUGGUGCGCAUCUCGGAAAGAUUGCGUUUGCCAACGUUCGCCAGCCUUCAAUGGGUCCUACCUUUGGUAUCAAGGGUGGUGCCGCUGGCGGCGGUUACGCGCAAGUUAUUCCCAUGGACGAAUUCAACAUGCAUUUAACCGGCGAUAUUCACGCGAUUGGUGCUGCCACAAAUUUAUUGGCGGCUGCUAUCGACACACGCAUGUUCCACGAGCGGUCUCAGAAGGACGCUGCGCUCUACAAGCGUCUUGUUCCUGCUAAGCAGGGAGUCCGCAAGUUUUCUCCUGUGAUGCUCCGUCGUCUCGAGAAACUCGGAAUCAACAAGACCAACCCUGAUGAUCUCACUCCUGAGGAAGUCUCAAAGUUCGUCCGUCUUGACAUCGACCCUGAGACUAUCACCUGGCGUCGUGUGGUCGAUUGCAACGACCGUCAUCUUCGUGGAAUCACCAUCGGCCAGGGUCCCGCUGAAAAGGGCCACACUCGCGAGACUGGUUUUGAUAUUACUGUCGCGAGCGAGUGCAUGGCAGUUUUGGCGCUUUCAAGCUCGCUGUCGGAUAUGCGCGAGCGUCUUGGACGGAUGGUGGUCGCCUCGUCAAAGUCCGGUGAACCUAUCACCUGCGACGAUAUAGGUGCUGGAGGUGCGCUCACUGCGUUGAUGAAGGAUGCUAUUAAGCCUACGUUGAUGCAGACUCUCGAGGGUACUCCUGUGUUUGUUCACGCUGGUCCUUUUGCCAACAUCUCGAUCGGCGCGAACUCGGUUUUGGCAGACAAGAUCGCGUUGAAGCUUGCUGGUACUGAACCCGGCGAAAACGAGGCUGAGAAGACCGGAUAUGUUGUCACUGAAGCUGGUUUCGAUUUCACGAUGGGUGGUGAGCGAUUCUUCAACAUCAAGUGCCGUUCGAGUGGCUUGGUUCCCGAUGUGGUCGUCAUUGUCGCAACCGUUCGUGCUCUGAAGCUCCACGGCGGUGGUCCUAACGUUACUCCCGGAGUUGCUCUCCCUGAAGUGUACCGUCAGGAGAACGUCGAGCUUCUCCGUAACGGCUGCGCCAAUCUCGGCAAGCAGAUCGAGAACGCAAAGCAGUACGGCCUGCCUGUCGUUGUUGCUAUCAACCAGUUUGAAACCGACACACCUGCCGAGGUCGAGUGUAUCCGCGAAGCAGCUAUUGCCGCGGGUGCCGACGACGCGAUUGUCUCUAACCAUUGGGCCGAGGGCGGAAAGGGCUCGAUUGCGCUCGCAGAGGGCGUCGUCGCCGCUGCGAACAAGUCCGACAGCAACAACUUCGAAUUGUUGUACGAUCUCAACUCCUCGGUCGAGGAGAAGCUCAACGCGAUCGCGAAGAAGAUGUAUGGUGCCGACAAAGUCGAGCUCAGCGAUCUCGCGCGCGAGAAAAUCGAAACUUACACCCGCCAGGGCUUUGGCAACCUGCCGAUCUGCGUCGCCAAGACGCAGUACAGUCUGUCGCACGAUCCCGCGCUCAAGGGCGUUCCUUCAAACUUCACCGUGCCGAUUCGUGAUGUGCGCGCAUCUGUGGGCGCGGGGUACUUGUACGCGCUUGCGGCGGAGAUUCAGACGAUUCCGGGAUUGCCUACGCACUGUGGGUUCAUGGACGUCGAGGUCUCUGAGGACGGGAAUAUUGAGGGUUUGUUCUAAGACGGCGGUGCUGCAUGAACUUGUUCUAGAGAUAUAGAUAUGUAGUCCGUAUAUAGGGCUGCUAUAAAGAUUUGCUUUGCAAGUCGCUAAAAGUUCUUGAUUUUAUUUCUGUUUUCGUGUUUUGGUACCGGUCUGAUAUAGUCAAAAUAAAUAAGCAUAGGUUAUAGUUAUAAAUUCACUGUAGAGAUCAUUCAUUCUC